UUUGUGACGAUGAGUGCAGUCAGUAUUAGACUCUGAGUCCUGCAGGAAGGCACCUCCAUCACUCCUCUUCUCUUUCUUAUCGGAUCUACUGGGUCUAUUUUAUAUGUCAAGGAGCUUAUUUUUGGUUUAAAACGACUAUUUUCCAACAGUGGAUCUCGAACUGUCACCACAUGGGUCCGCAGAUUGUUCUGCUCAGUUCGUUGCUGGGAGUCGUCCUUGCUCAAGGUGUGCAGCAGAUCUCCAUUGACGACUGCUGCAAAGAUGGCCAGAGGGGUGCCAGCGAUAACAAAGUCUGUGCAACCCUCCCGCUCAUCUCCGGGUCCCCCACAUGCAGGACAGUGCAGGAGCAGUGCUGUGUAGCCGUGCUGGAGGACAACAUGUGCACCACCGGUAUCAAUGUGGCCAAAGACCAAGGAGCAUGCGACUCUUUUUUCUUCAACACCUGUGAGACAAAGACAACCAAGAUGUGCUGCGACUGCUGCCUCCUGGGCAAGACGGCGCAGGACCAGGGACUUCCGUGCGACCACAGCCUGGCUCUGGGCUAUCAGUGUGGUUUGGUGUACCGGGCUUGCUGUGUGGACGGAGUGCCGGACAAUCAGACCGUACCUACAGAGAAGCCUGAAUUGCCAAUCAAAGACGAGACCCCACACAACGGAGACAACAAUUCAGUGUUAACGGAUCAGUGCAAUGGGAAGUGCGCUCAUCUUUGUGUGAGUAACGAGACAUGCUCCUGCUUCAAAGGCUACAAACUCAAGCCAGAUGGAAAGACCUGUGAGGACAUUAACGAGUGCUUGCUGGGCGCCAGUAACUGUCGAGGAGGAGAGCGCUGUAUCAACACGGAGGGCUCGUUCCGCUGCCAGAGAGAGGUCAGCUGCGGUACAGGCUACGAACUGACAGACAACAACAACUGCAAAGAUAUCGAUGAGUGCGGGACAGGCAUCCAUAACUGUGGUCCAGAGUUCGAGUGCCAAAACACCCAGGGGUCAUUCCGUUGUCUCCCCAAAGUCAAAUGUGGUGCUGGUUUCAUCCAGGAUGCUCUGGGCAACUGCAUUGAUAUCAAUGAAUGUGUCAGCCAGACGGGCCCAUGCCACAGAGGUCAAGUGUGCAUCAACACGGUCGGCUCGUACGUCUGCCAGAGGAACACUGUCAACUGUGGGCGAGGCUACCACCUCAACGAGGAGGGCACACGCUGCGUUGACAUCGACGAGUGCAAAGGCCCCAACCAGGUGUGCUCGGGUCACGGGUGCAUCAACACAAUGGGCUCCUACCACUGCGAGUGUGACAGCGGCUACAACUUCAACAGCAUCAGUCGCCUCUGUGAAGAUAUUAAUGAAUGCAGGCACUACCCGGGACGCCUAUGUGCUCACAAGUGUGAGAACACGCCAGGAUCUUACCAGUGCAGCUGCACCACUGGCUUCAAGCUGGCGGGGGAUGGCAGGAACUGUGACGAUUUAAACGAGUGCGAAAGCAACCCGUGCAGUCAGGAAUGCGCCAACGUGUACGGCUCCUACCAGUGUUACUGUCGCCAUGGUUACCAGCUCAGUGACAUUGACGGCUUGACUUGCGAAGAUAUAGACGAAUGUGCCCUGCCCACUGGAGGUCACAUUUGCUCCUACCGCUGCCACAACACCCCGGGCAACUUCCACUGCUCCUGCCCUCUUAACGGCUACACCCUAGCACCCAACGGACGCAGCUGCCAAGAUGUCGAUGAAUGUGUGACAGCGACGCACACGUGCUCGGAGAACCAGAGCUGCUACAACGUGCAGGGCGGAUUCCGCUGCCUGUCCUUUGAUUGUCCCAACAACUAUCGCCGUGUCGGAGAAACUCGAUGUGAACGCUUGCUUUGCAAUGAGUCUGUCGAGUGCCUGGCCAUGCCACUGAGAAUAACCUACUACUACCUCACCUUCCCCACCAACAUCCCCGUCUUCACCAACAUCUUCCGCAUGGGCCCCUCCCACACCGUGCCGGGCGACGACAUCAACAUCGCCAUCACCUCGGGCAACGAGGGCGGCUUCUUCAAGGCGGAGCGGGUCGCCACCGGCGGCAUCAUGUCGGUGGCGAGGCUCAUCGACGGCCCGCAGGACUUUGAACUGGCCGUGGAGCUGAGGCUGCGUCGCUACGGCACGCUCAGCACGUACUUGGCCAAAGUGAUGGUGUUUGUCGUACAGGACGAGCCACGAGUGGUUUACAACCCCCACCUGGAAUGAAGGACAACACUCGUUUAGGGUUGCUAAUCAUGUGUUAUCUUUGGUGCAUGCUAUGAUGGCAUAAACACACACUCUCUGCUAUAGAGGAGAGUAUUAGGGCCACGCUUAAAAUACAGAAAAGUCAUAGGACUCAAAAAAGUCAUACAAGUACAAGAAAAUGUCAUACUUUUAUGUUCACGUAAUUUUACAAGAACACAAGGAGAAUAAAGUUGUCAUCCCACAUGAAUAAAAGGCAUAAUAGCGCAAAAUAAAGUCCAAAUUUACAAGAAAAACUACCAAUUUUACAGAAACAAAGUUAUAUUAUGAAAAACAAGUUGUAAUUUUACAACAAUAAAGUGGUAAUUUUACAAGAUUAAUACAAGGUCUAGUAUUACGAGAAUAACACCAUAAUGUUAAAGAAAAAGCUAAAAUUUACAAGAAAAAUAGCAAUUUUGCAGCUAUGAAGUCAUAAUAAUAUCAAAAAAGUUGUCAUUUUACUACAAUGAAGCAGUAAUAUUUGGAGAAUAAUACAUGGUCUAGUAAUUCGAGUUAAAUUUGUAAAAGAAAAAGUCUAAAUUUACAAGAAAAAUAGAAAUUUAAUGGAAAUAAAGUUGUGACAAUCUGAAAAAGUUGUCACUGAACUAGAAUAAAGUGGUGAUAUUAGGAGAAUAACGCAAGGUCUAGUACUGUAUUACAAGAAUAACAACAUAAUGUUGUCAGAAAGUCUAAAUUUACGAGAAACUGUCUAAAAUUACAAGAAAAACCUAGCAGUUUUACAGAGAUGAAGCUAUAAUAUGAUGAAAAAAAAUGUACUAGAAUAAAGUGGUACUAUUAGAAGAAUAACACGUGGUCUAGUAUUUUGAGAAUAACAUUGCAGUGUUAUCAAGAAUUUUUUUCCCCAAAUUUACAAAAAAGAAUGUCCAAAUUUACAAGAAAAUAUUUUUACAGAAAUGAAGUGAUAAUAUGAAAAAAGUGGUAAUGUUACAAAAGUAAUGUCAAUAUUAAAAGAGGGCUCCAUUUUACCCCCCAUAAAAUGUUGUAAGUUUUGCAAUAUAAAUCAAUUAUAGAAAACUGCACCGAUGACAUGACACAGUCUCUCCUUCUCUCGUGUACCGUAAGAUAACACAUCACUGGCAAUCCAUCACAUUGUAACAACUGUUGCAUGAGCCAUGGUUGAUGUCUUUAUCAAUAAAUCUAGAUUCACUUGAAUGUAUCUCGUAAGAAGCAGGGCAUCCAAGUAGCCGCUAGGUGGCGCGAUAGGUCAGGGUAAUUCUUCAGAGUAGAAGGCCUGUCAAGAAGUCUGCAACAUGGACUGCUUUGAAUAUCGGUUGCAUGUGAUGAUUGAUAGUACUUGGUGGUUUUUGUGUUGGCUGAGCAGUUUUCUAAUAAAAUAGAAAUAAGGCAAGUAAA